AUGACCAAGAUGAGGGGAAUCCUGAUCCUGGGGCUCCUGAUGGCUACUUCCAGCUGCCUUGGCUUUUUGGAGGACCUUUUCAAGUGCUUUCAGGACCCCGAAUAUGAGUCCAUCCUUGUCACGGCGCAGAAGGGGCUCCACACCUCCCCGCUGCCCAAGCAUGUGGUAGUAGUGGGAGCUGGCAUGUCAGGCCUAGUGGCGGCCAAGGCCCUACAGGAUGCUGGUCACCAGGUAACCAUCCUGGAAUCCAGCAACCGCAUCGGGGGUCGAGUUAGCACAAUCAGGAACAAGGAGGAGGGCUGGUACUAUGAACUGGGGCCCAUGCGAAUCCCAGAGUCCCACAGGCUAAUUCACACCUACAUCAAGAAGCUUGGCCUGAAGCUGAACAAGUUCAUACAGUAUGAUGGCAACACCUGGUACCUCAUCAACGGACGACGCCAUCGCAGCAAGGAGGUCCAGGACCAUCCAGAGAUCCUGGGCUAUUCCUUGAGCCCAACAGAGGAGGGCAAAAGCCCUACAAAGCUCUUCCACCAGUCCAUUGCCAAGCUCAGAGAAAAUUUGAAAAAUUUCAACUGCAGCCAACUGCUGUCCUUUUAUGAUUCUUACUCCACCAAGGCUUACUUGGUGAAGGAAGGAAAACUGAGCGAAGGAGCAGUAAAGAUGAUCGGAACUGUGAUGAAUGAGGAUUCUGGAUACUAUAAGUCCCUCCUAGAGUCCCUGCGGAGUAGCGUCAUCUUCUCCCAAAGUAACAACUUUUCUGAGAUCACUGGUGGCUUCGACCAGCUCCCCAAAGCCCUCGGCGCUACCCUGAAGCCUGGAACCAUCCGCCUGGGCGCCAGCGUGGAGACGGUAGUGAGGGAUGGGUCCAAGGUCCGGGUUUCCUACCGGGUGGGCAAGCCCGGCUCAGUGCUGAACCACCUCACUGCGGACUUUGUCAUCAUCACGGCCUCAGCCAAGGCCACACGCCUCAUCACCUUUAAGCCACCGCUCUCCCAAGACAAGAGGGAAGCACUCCGCUUGGUGCAUUACACCAGUGCCACCAAAGUGAUCCUGACCUGUGAGGAGCCCUUCUGGGAGAAGGAUGGCAUCCGGGGUGGGUACUCUAUCACCGACCGGCCCUCGCGCUAUAUCUACUACCCCAGCCACAGCUUCCCCAAUGGCAAGGGCAUCCUGCUGGCCUCCUACACUGUGGAUGACGACUCCCUCUUCUUCACCUCCAUAACACAUGAGCAGAUUGUGGAUGUGGUCCUGGAGGACCUGGCGGCUGUGCACCAGAUACCCAAGGACAAGCUGCAGCGUAUAUGCCCUUCUUCUGCGGCCAAACGCUGGUCUCUGGACCCCCUCACCUUGGGCGCCUUUGCUGAGUUCACACCCUACCAAUUUAUUGACUAUUCACAGGAGCUCUUCAAGCCCGAGGGCCGCAUCCACUUUGCAGGCGAGCACACCUGCACGCCUCAUGGCUGGAUAGACACUGCCAUCAAGUCCGGCCUGCGGGCAGCCAGGAAUAUCCAGGCCGCUGUGGAUAAGGAGGCCACGGGAGAGCAGAAGACCUUCCCUAACACCCAGAACCAGGUCUAACCCAGAAAGAAAUCCCCGAAGAAACCUGGCAGGAAAAGUGCUGGGAGGUAGGAGCUGGAGGCAGAGACCCAGGAGAGAGGUCACCAUUCAUCCCCCUGGUCCACAAGCAAGAAUCCAAAAAUGCCAAAGAAUCAGCUGGCAAAUCCACAAAGAAUCACACCCUUUCCUGUUUCUCUCCCAUGCCCGGCCUUAAGGAGGGAAGCAACGGAGUCAGCGUAUAUGGAACGUAAGGAACAAAUCAAGGAUGGUAAACACUAGCUAGCAUCAGCUGUUAGCUUGGAUUACAAGCAAAAGAGAAACGCUCCAAUAAACCCAAAUUUCUGUCAUAUACAACUAGAAGCUUCUAAAGGAACAGACAAACCCCAAACCGCAGCAGUGUUAAACCCAUAGUGCACAUAAACCCCAUUAUUGGGUGCCUGAGCUAGGGGCCUCACAUCUUGGCCCAACAUGGAGUCUAGAGGGAUGGGAGAGUUAAGGGUUCUUCUCUGUUCUUUUUGAGCUUGCAAGAGCAGGAUCUUGGCUUCCCAGAGACACCUCCUGGCCCAUAGACUUUUCUUCUCCACUCUUACCUCCCUAUCACCAACCAGACACCCCUCCCCGCCUCUGCCUGUCCAGCCUACACAUCUCCCUGGGAGGAGACAAAACUCAAUUUCCAUACUCCACUCUGCUAUUCUUUAAUAGAAGAGCCCUGUCGUUCCAGACCCAGCUAACUUAUUCCCCUCCCGAAUCCUCUCUUAAUAGCCACAGCCAAACCCCAGGGAUCUUUCUCUCUCUUAAACCUCCACCCUUCCUCCUUAGAGUCCUAAAUGUUUGGACUGUGGAUCUUCUUACAUUGUUACACAAUUACUUUGUGAGGGCAUAUUAACUGCCCAUCUACCCUGAGAGCCCCAAGUGCUGGGAUCAUAUCACGUAUGCUUUGGUUAAUUUUCCCCCAUAAACAUUACGUAUAUGCUCAUUCCCUCACCCUCUCAAUAAAUAUUCAUUUUGCAUCUACCAUACGUCGGGCAAUGUGCUGAAUGCCAGUUACAAAGAAUAAGCAAAGUUAUGCCGUUGAAUCCAACCUCCAACCCUACCUGGGUCCCCAUAUCUCCAAUGAUCAGCUCCCAAACACAGCUCAUUUUUUAUCCCAAUUUCUUGGGUAUCUGGGCCCAAUCAUGCAAAAUGAAGAAGUAAGUAGAAAGGUAACCCCUCUCCUUGGAGAAUAUUUCUACGAGGGUGGCCCUGGAAGACUCUGAAGACCAGCAUGAUGCAGGGAAUGUUAUGUCUUGAGACUGGCGUAUUG